AGUCUAUUUAUAGAUAUCAGGGGAAAAGUUGAAGAAGCAUCGUGGAACGGUCCUUCUCCCAUUUCCACCAAACACAAUAUUGACAAAAUCCGCCUACUCCCAUCUGUUCUUUUCUGGUUUCUUCCCUCUUCAAGAACAGCAGCCAAGAAUACCCAGAAAGAGCAAGUUAGAGAGGGUUGAAUUCCGCAAAUGGACGGUCUGAUUCCAAUGAUGUACAGGGCAAUAAAGAGGAACCGAGUCCGGAGCCGUUACGAGUGCUUGUCGACCACUGCUUCUCGGACGUUCAAUGUUGCCGACUUCUACAUGAACGGUCAGGUUCAGGCUCAAGCUCAGGCUCAGCCCCAUUUGUAUUCGGGGCCUGCGAGCGACAGAAUGAUUCACAAUCAAAGCCACCAUCGCCGUUAUGCCUCGACCGGAGAUUAUUCUUUCAGGCUCACGCCCGGCGGCGAUGAGGACAGCAUGAAUGUUAUGAAGGGCGCUGUUGGUCCGCAUUCAAAGCAGGUGGCGAGGUUCAGAAGGAGCCGCAGCGUGCUCUCUUGUUUCUCCGGUGCUUAGGUAGCUUUCAUGAUGAAUCUCUCAGUCUCUCAUUCCUCCUCCUCUGGUUUGGUCUGGUUUGGUUUAAUUAUGUGGUGAAGGUGCUAGGAACAUGAAAGUCUCUGUUCAAGUCUGUAAAUUUGGGUGCUACAGAGACGAGAAGUCCUUUUAUUUUUUCCUGGUUUUUUCCCCUUUUUUUCUUGGAUUAAUGUAUGAAAUAAGUCGAUAAAGGAGAGGAACUCCAUGGCGUUUCUCUCUGGGACGGCUUCAAGCAGAAGCUGCAGAAUUUUCCAGCAAAUAAGGUGAAGCCUCAUGAGCAUUCCAAAUACUACUUCCUCCUAAA